AACCGUCACUCACCAAGCAGCCAUCUUUUGGUCUCUUUACAUAUCUCCGAUUGGGAAAAUCAGCUAUUAGGUUUUCCAACAAUGCCAAAUGCGUUCUUCCGUUCAUCGCUACGCUCAUUCGCCACAUCGGCAAGGGCUUCGCACCACAACCACCACCAUAAGAACCACAAGUUCCUGUCACCGAACUCCUUCUUGGGGAGCUGGGAGGCGCCGACGGACCCGAAGGAAGCGGAGGCGAAGCUAGCGCGUGUGCGUAGGGAAUAUGCCAAGCAAGUGAAGGAGGUUCGUAAGGAAUACAUAAGAGAAAUGGAAGCGAUGAAGAUUGAGAAACAACAAAAGGACGAAGCUCAUAGGGAGGCUCUCAGAGUCGCCAACGAAGAGCGCAAGAAGCUCAAGGCUCAAGCUGCGCAGCUCCGAGCCCAAGAACGCGACAUCGCCCAACAACAAUUCCGACAAAUCCUCAUGAAAGAAAGAGAAGAGAAGCUUGAGAACUGGAGGAUGAAAGUGAAAAUGCAUGAAGGGAAGAAGACGGAGAAGAAAGAGUUAUUGCGUCAACAGAGUUCAGCAUGGAUUAAUGAGGGUGAUCUGGAGAAAAGAGUAGUGGAAUCUAUGGUUGAAGUAAUGUAUCUUUGAGCUCCUUGCAGUUCCACAUUUGUAUUGGUUAGUAGCUCUUUAGCCCAUACCAGUUGCAGGACGAUAUAAUGUUUGGAAAUAAGUCUUGGGAAUUUUGAAGGGAUUACUAACUAAAGUGCAUGUGGAAGUUCAAAGCAUGCUGCUUUCAUUUGAUUUAAGUAAAUGGUGAUCGGAUUUGAUGCAGAU